AAAUUACUCUCAUCUAAAGAACCAACGAGUCAGAGCGACAGAGCAAGGUUUUACAGAAGCCAGACACUCUUACCUCGCUCUCUCUCCUCUCUCUUUCUCUCUCUCUCCGCCUGCAACUCGAUGCGUGCACCGAGUUAGGGUUUCCGAGUCACGGCCAUGGCGUCUGCCUCAGCAUCGAUCCGCUACGGAGGCGGCAGCGGAAGCGCUGACGCUCUCAAUCGGAUCCUCGCCGACCUCUGCACGCGUGGUAAUCCCAAGGAUGGCUCUGCUUUAGCUCUGCGUAAACAUGUUGAGGAAGAAGCUCGUGAUCUCAGUGGAGAAGCCUUUUCUCGUUUCAUGGAUCAGUUGUAUGACCGUAUUUUUGGCCUUUUGGAAAGCAAUGAUGUUGCUGAAAAUUUGGGAGCAUUACGAGCAAUUGACGAGCUGAUAGACGUGCAACUAGGGGAGAGUGCUUCCAAGGUUUCUAAGUUCUCCAAUUAUAUGCGUAUUGUGUUUGAUGUAAAGCGCGAUCCUGAAAUCCUUAUUCUCGCAAGUAAGGUUCUGGGCCAUCUAGCUAGAGCUGGUGGGGCAAUGACUGCAGACGACGUGGAGCGCCAGGUUAAAAUUGCAUUAGAUUGGCUUCGUGGGGAAAGAAUUGAGUAUCGCCGUUUUGCAGCUGUCUUGAUCUUGAAAGAAAUGGCAGAAAAUGCAUCAACUGUUUUCAAUGUUCAUGUGCCUGAGUUUGUUGAUGCCAUCUGGGUUGCAUUGAGGGAUCCGACAUUGGCUGUUCGGGAACGGGCCGUAGAAGCAUUGCGCGCUUGCCUCCGAGUUAUUGAGAAGCGGGAGACGCGUUGGCGUGUGCAAUGGUAUUAUCGUAUGUUUGAGGCUACACAAGAUGGACUUGGAAAAAAUGCUUCUGUUCACAGCAUACAUGGUUCACUACUAGCAGUUGGAGAACUUUUGAGGAACACGGGCGAGUUCAUGAUGUCAAGAUAUAGAGAAGUGGCAGACAUUGUUCUAAAAUACCUAGAACACAGAGAUCGUCUUGUUCGCCUCAGCAUAACAUCAUUACUUCCUCGUAUUGCACACUUCCUGCGUGACCGUUUUGUGACUAACUAUUUAAAGAUUUGCAUGGAUCAUAUUCUUGCUGUUCUGCGUAUCCCAGCUGAGCGUGCCAGUGGGUUCAUUGCUUUGGGAGAGAUGGCUGGUGCUUUGGAUGGGGAGCUCGUCUAUUAUUUGCCGACAAUUACGUCACAUUUGCGUGAUGCGAUUGCUCCACGUAGAGGUAGACCUUCCCUUGAGGCCUUGGCUUGUAUUGGAAGCUUUGCGAAAGCCAUGGGGCCUGCUAUGGAAACUCAUCUUCGUAGUCUUUUGGAUGCUAUGUUUUCUGCCGGGCUUUCUCCCACUCUUGUAGAAGCCUUGGGACAGAUAACUGACAGUAUCCCAUCUUUGCUGCCUACCAUACAAGAGCGCUUGCUUGAUUGCAUUUCAAUAGCCCUUUCCAAGUCCCCUUAUCCCCAGGCAAGGCCGGGUGUUAUGGUUACUCGUAGCAAUUUGAUGAACACUCCUCAGCAAGUUUCAGAUGUUACCGGUUCAACCCUUGUGCAACUUGCUUUGAGAACUCUUGCUCGUUUCAAUUUCAAGGGCCAUGAGCUUCUCGAGUUUGCAAGAGACUCGGUUGUUAUAUAUUUGGAUGACGAUGAUGGUGCUACGCGAAGAGAUGCUGCGCUAUGCUGUUGCAGAUUAGUUGCAAACUCAUUUUCUGGAACAGCAUGUACACAGUUUAGUUCAAGUAGGUCCAAUCGAACUGGUGGAGGGAGGCGUCGUCGCCUUGUUGAGGAGAUUGUGGAGAAACUUCUAAUUGCUGCCAUUGCAGAUGCUGAUGUUAGUGUUCGUCAGUCAGUCUUUCUAUCUCUGCAUGAAAAUGGAGGUUUCGAUGAAUUUUUGGCACAGGCUGAUAGUUUGAGUGCUAUCUUUGUUGCUCUAAAUGAUGAGGAUUUUGGUGUUCGAGACUUUGCUAUAUCAGUUGCUGGCAGAUUGUCUGAAAAGAAUCCGGCAUAUGUUCUGCCUGCACUUCGUCGCCAUCUCAUACAAUUGUUGAUGCAUCUUGAGCAAAGUGCUGAUAGCAAAUGCAGAGAAGAAAGUGCUAAACUCUUGGGCCGCCUAAUUCGCAACUGCGAAAGACUGAUACUUCCAUACAUUGCUCCGAUACACAAGGCACUUGUGGUGAAGCUAAGGGAAGGCACCGGGCCAAAUGCUAAUACUGGUGUUGUCACUGGAGUUCUUAAAACUGUUGGGGAGCUUGCUAGGGUGGGAGGUUUUGGAAUGAAGCAAUAUCUUGGUGAACUAAUGCCAUUAAUUGUUGAAGCCCUCUUGGAUGGAGCUGCUGUUAUAAAGCGUGAAGUGGCUGUCGCAACUCUUGGUCAAGUUGUACAGAGCACUGGUUAUGUGAUUGCUCCAUACAAAGAGUACCCACAACUGCUUGGUUUACUAUUGAAAUUGUUGAAUGGUGAGUUGGCAUGGUCCACGAGACAGGAGGUUCUGAAGGUUUUAGGGAUCAUGGGUGCUUUGGACCCCCAUGUACAUAAGCGCAAUCAGCAAAGCUUGCCAGGAUCCCAUGGAGAAGUUACCCGUGCAGCAAGUGAUACUGGUCAACAUAUUCGGUCUAUGGAAGAGUUGCCUAUGGAUCUUGGACCAUCUUUUGCAACAUCUGAGGAUUAUUACGCUACUGUUGCCAUCAACUCCCUUAUGCGGAUUCUUCGGGAUGCCUCACUUUCAAGUUAUCACCAGAAGGUGGUAGGCUCUCUUAUGUUCAUAUUCAAGUCAAUGGGUCUUGGCUGUGUCCCUUACUUGCCAAAGGUUUUGCCUGAUCUUUUCCAUACUGUUCGCACAUGUGAAGAUGGACUGAAGGAGUUCAUAACUUGGAAACUUGGAACCUUGGUAUCUAUUGUUCGUCAGCACAUACGUAAGUAUUUGCCAGAGUUGCUCUUCCUCAUAUCUGAACUGUGGUCUUCCUUUAAUUUGCCUGCCCCUAACCGUCCCGUGCAAGGCUCACCAAUUCUACACCUAGUGGAACAGCUUUGCUUAGCACUGAAUGAUGAGUUUAGAACCUAUCUUCCUGUUAUUCUUCCAUGCUGUAUUCAAGUAUUAAGUGAUGCAGAGCGGUGCAAUGACUACAGCUAUGUUCUUGAUAUUCUGCAUACCCUUGAAGUGUUUGGCGGGACCUUGGAUGAACACAUGCAUCUUCUCCUUCCUGCACUUAUUCGAUUUUUUAAAGUUGAUGCUUCCAUUGAUAUAAGACGUGCCGCUAUCAAGACCCUUACGAAGUUGAUCCCACGGGUUCAGGUCACUGGCCACAUAUCUGCUCUAGUGCAUCAUUUGAAGCUAGUUUUGGACGGAAACAACGAUGAGCUACGCAAGGAUGCUGUUGAUGCUCUUUGCUGCCUGGCGCAUGCUCUUGGGGAGGACUUCACGAUUUUCAUACCAUCGAUCCACAAACUUCUGCUGAAACAUCGAUUGCGGCAUAAAGAUUUUGACGAAAUCGAAGGUCGCCUACGGAGACGUGAGCCUUUAAUUCUGGAUAGUAUAUCUGUCCAAAAGUUGACUCGACGGCUUCCUGUUGAGGUUAUUAGUGAUCCCGUAAAUGAUGUGGACAACGACCCUUAUGAGGAAGGGAGUGAGGUGCACAGGCAACUCAGAAAUCAUCAAGUUAAUGAUGGCCGAUUACGCAAUGCGUGGGAGGCUUCUCAGCGGAGUACUAAGGAAGAUUGGGCAGAGUGGAUGAGACAUUUUAGUAUUGAACUACUAAAGGAAUCUCCAUCUCCAGCUUUACGUACCUGUGCAAGGCUGGCUCAACUGCAGCCUUUUGUUGGGCGUGAGCUAUUUGCAGCUGGUUUUGUGAGUUGCUGGACACAGCUAAAUGAAACUAACCAACAACAGUUAGUUCGGAGUCUGGAGAUGGCCUUUUCAUCACCAAAUAUUCCACCUGAAAUUCUGGCAACACUACUUAACUUGGCAGAGUUUAUGGAACAUGAUGAGAAACCUCUUCCCAUCGAUAUCCGGCUCCUUGGUGCUCUUGCAGAGAAGUGUCGAGCUUUUGCAAAGGCUCUACAUUACAAAGAAAUGGAGUUUGAAGGUGCACACUCCAAGAAGAUGGAUGCAAAUCCAGUUGCUGUGGUUGAAGCUCUCAUACAUAUAAAUAAUCAGUUGCACCAGCAUGAGGCUGCUGUUGGGAUACUGACUUAUGCCCAGCAAAAUUUGGACGUUCAACUGAAGGAAUCUUGGUAUGAAAAACUGCAACGAUGGGAUGAUGCUCUAAAGGCCUACACUGUGAAAGCAUCUCAGGCAUCCAGUCCACAUCUCAUUUUGGAUGCUACAUUAGGGCGAAUGAGAUGCCUUGCUGCGUUGGCUCGUUGGGAAGAGCUUAAUAACCUCUGCAAGGAGUAUUGGACCCCAGCUGAACCUGCAGCUCGACUGGAAAUGGCACCAAUGGCUGCUAGUGCUGCCUGGAAUAUGGGGGAGUGGGAUCAGAUGGCGGAGUAUGUUUCACGAUUGGAUGAUGGUGAUGAAACCAAGUUUCGGAUUUUAGGGAACACUGCCGCUAGUGGUGAUGGAAGUAGUAAUGGUUCCUUCUUCAGGGCUGUUCUAUCAGUUCGUCGUGGAAAGUACGAUGAAGCACGUGAAUUUGUAGAGAGGGCGAGGAAAUGUUUGGCAACAGAGCUUGCAGCAUUGGUUCUGGAAAGCUACGAGCGUGCUUACAGCAAUAUGGUCCGUGUUCAGCAGCUGUCAGAGUUAGAAGAGGUAAUUGAUUACUGUACUCUUCCUGUGGGGAACCCUGUUGCUGAAGGAAGAAUGGCCCUUAUCCCUAAUAUGUGGAAUGAUCGGAUACAAGGAGCAAAACGAAAUGUUGAGGUUUGGCAAGAACUGCUGGCGGUACGAGCUCUUGUUCUCCCACCUACAAAAGACACAGAGGCUUGGCUCAAAUUUGCUAGGCUUUGCCGGAAAAGUGGUCGUAUUAGCCAGGCCCGAUCUACUUUGGUCAAACUUUUACAGUAUGACCCCGAAUUAUCUCCUGAAAAUUCACCAUCACAUGGACCUCCUGAAGUCAUGCUGGCAUACUUGGAAUAUCAAUGGUCUCUUGGGGAGGAUCUGAAGCGGAAGGAAGCUUUUUCUAGGUUGCAGGAUUUAUCAAUAGAUCUUGCUCGCACGGCAAAUAUCUCAGCAGUAACAUCAGCAGGCUCAGCCCCUGCUUCAGGUUCAAGUGUUACUCUUCUUGCUCGUGUCUAUCUUAAACUUGGAACUUGGCAGUGGGCACUUUCCCCUGGAUUGGAUGAUGGGACUAUACAAGAAAUCCUCAUAGCAUUUAGGAGUGCCACUCAGUGUGCAACAGAUUGGGCAAAAGCAUGGCAUACAUGGGCUUUAUUUAAUACUGCAGUGAUGUCUCAUUACACUUUAAGAGGCUUCCCUGCUAUUGCUGGACAGUAUGUUGUCGCAGCAGUUACUGGAUAUUUUCAUUCAAUAGCUUGUGCAGCCACUUCUAAAGGAGCUGAUGAUAGUCUGCAGGAUAUUCUUCGUCUUCUCACAUUGUGGUUCAACCAUGGAGCUACCUCCGAGGUUCAAAUGGCAUUGCAGAGAGGAUUUUCACAUGUUAAAAUUGAGACAUGGCUGGUUGUUCUACCUCAGAUAAUUGCCAGGAUACAUUCAAAUAAUCGUGCUGUGAGGGAGUUGAUUCAGUCACUUUUGGUGCGAAUAGGACGAGCUCAUCCACAGGCUCUUAUGUACCCUCUUCUGGUGGCAUGCAAAUCAAUAAGUUCAUUGCGCAAACAAGCUGCUCAGGAAGUGGUUGAUAAAGUACGGCAGCACAGUGGUGUACUCGUCGAUCAGGCACAGCUUGUAUCUAAGGAGUUGAUCAGGGUUGCCAUUCUCUGGCAUGAGAUGUGGCAUGAGGCAUUGGAAGAGGCUAGCCGGUUGUACUUUGGCGAGCAUAACAUUGAGGGUAUGCUAAAUGUGUUGGAGCCAUUACAUGCAGUGCUUGAGGAGGGCGGGGAGAGAACCAUAAAAGAGACAACCUUCAUUCAGGCAUAUGGUCGGGAAUUACUGGAGGCUCAUGAAUGCUGCUUGAAGUAUAAGAGAACCGGGAAAGACGCAGAACUUACUCAGGCUUGGGAUCUGUACUAUCACGUUUUCAGACGCAUAGAUAAGCAGCUUCCCAGUCUUACUACCCUAGAUUUGCAGUCUGUUUCCCCAGAGUUGCUCAAUUGUUGCAAUUUGGAGCUUGCAGUGCCAGGAACAUACCGUGCAGGAUCAACUCUGGUGACAAUACGUACAUUUGCACCGCAACUUGUUGUCAUAACAUCUAAACAGCGACCUCGAAAAUUGACAAUUCAUGGAAGUGAUGGAGAAGAUUAUGCUUUCUUGCUGAAGGGUCAUGAAGAUUUGCGGCAAGAUGAGCGUGUCAUGCAGCUUUUUGGUCUGGUGAAUACUCUUCUUGAGAACUCCAGAGACACUGGAGAAAAGGAUCUUUCUAUUCAACGUUAUGCUGUUAUUCCCUUGUCCCCAAACAGUGGAUUGAUAGGAUGGGUUCCAAACUGUGACACACUGCACCAUCUAAUUCGGGAAUACAGAGAUGCCAGAAAGAUCUUCUUAAAUCAAGAGCACAGAUUGAUGCUGGCUUUUGCCCCUGAUUAUGACCACCUGCCACUCAUUGCUAAAGUGGAAGUGUUUGAGCAUGCACUGCUAAAUACUGAAGGAAAUGACUUAGCUAGGGUACUCUGGUUAAAAAGCAAAACUUCUGAGGUUUGGCUAGACCGUCGGACAAACUAUACAAGAAGCCUGGCUGUGAUGAGUAUGGUAGGUUACCUUCUUGGGUUAGGUGAUCGGCAUCCUAGUAAUCUUAUGCUGGACCGUUACAGUGGAAAAAUCUUGCAUAUCGAUUUUGGAGAUUGCUUUGAGGCUUCAAUGAACCGGGAAAAGUUUCCUGAAAAAGUUCCCUUUCGCUUGACUAGAAUGCUUGUGAAGGCUAUGGAGGUUAGCGGCAUUGAAGGGAACUUCAGGUCAACUUGUGAAAAUGUGAUGCAAGUUCUCCGAACAAAUAAGGAUAGUGUCAUGGCCAUGAUGGAGGCCUUCGUACAUGACCCUCUUAUAAAUUGGAGACUAUUCAAUUUUAAUGAGGUCCCUCAAGUGGCAAAUUUUGCGAAUACCCAUGCUCAGGCAGUUGUGAAUAGUGAUGACUCUGCACCCGCUAAGGAGCUUACUCAACCUGUAAGGGGUGCUCGAGAAAGGGAACUUCUUCAGGCUGUCAAUCAACUUGGUGAUGCAAAUGAGGUUUUAAAUGAUCGUGCGGUUGUUGUUAUGGCUCGGAUGAGCAACAAACUUACGGGACGCGACUUUUCUCCUGGUUCUUCAAUGUCUAGCAUUGCCAGCUCUAUUCAACACACGGUAGACCAUGGUACCUUGAUUUCUGGGGAUACGCGUGAAGUUGACCAUGGUUUAUCUGUUAAACUGCAAGUUCAAAAGUUGAUUAUACAAGCGACAUCACAUGAAAAUUUGUGUCAAAACUACGUGGGGUGGUGUCCUUUCUGGUGAGCAGUAGAGAAGCGGUGCUGUAUUUUGUACAUAGCUUGUACAUAUAUUAGGAUUAGUGAUGUAGCCAUCUUGAUUUAAGACCUCAUUUUUUAUGUAAUUUCUCCUGUUUGGGAAA